CUACCUGACCCUGAAGCCUCUUCCUCCCCCUUCUCCUCCUCUUCCUCCUCCUCCUCCUCCUCUUCCUACCCCUCCCUCAGGUAGGGUGGAGUUGUUCGUACCUGGAUAGUAAAGCGAUUGAAAAAUGGCAUUAUAGUCGGACUUUGGAGUGCUUUCAUCGACACAUAUUCACACAGGUAUGAGUCAGCCGCCCCGUUCAAACCGGGGACACCGGGAGAGAAACGGAGACCACCGACACUACCGGGACUCCCACGAUGACAGGCGGUCAUCCCCCGACAGGUCUUCCUCUCGACCCCCGUACUACCCCAGAGAAGCCGACUCCCCUCCCAAACAUGCGCGAGAAGUCCCCCGAGUGGAGCACCAUGAGUCCAAAUGCACACACAUUUGCUCCAGGAGAGGCAUCGUGCUGAUCUGCGCUGUUCUGACAAACAGCCUGGUCCUGAUCUGCGUGGUUGCAGCUCAGAUGGUGACGUCAGGCAUGUCUUCCAUGGGCGGACUGGGCGGCUUCAACAUCAACUCCAACUUUAACCUGCAGGGCACUGAGCUGCAGCAGGUACGAGACCUGGACAUGCAGUACAGCCAGAUGAGGGCGCCGGGCAUCUACGGUGGCAUCGCCUUCAGCCUGACCUUGGGGGUCCUCUCGCUGCUGUUUGUGGUCGCUGGGAACAAACCGCCCCACCUGAUGUCCAGGAAGCUUCUGUACGGAGCGCUGGUGUUUCAGGCAGUGGGAGCGGUGGCGUACGUGGUGGCCGUGGGGCUCUACCUGCACUUUGUCAUCGGGGUCAACGCCACAGAUGUGUGUCAGCAGCGCGAGAGGCUGUACGCCAGGAACGGCUACACCUGGAUGAACUGUGAUGUGAGCGGGGCGGAUGCCGCCGUGGCUCUUUUUGGUCUCAUCACGGCCAUCCUGUACACCGCCGGCACGGUGCUCACCUUCCAGACGAUCCGAAGGGUGAGGCGCUACCUGGAGGAGCGGAAACGCAGAGAAGCAGAGAAACAGCGAGCCAGAGCAAACCCACAGAGGGCCCCGCUGAGGGCUGAAACCACCUCAGUGUGAGAGAAUGGACAUCAGGGGCCUGUAUCACAUAAAGAGCAGUGGGUUACUAAUGUGACUGAGGUCCUCUGGUACCAGGAAGCUUGCUCACUUUUAACCAGGGUAGAUCACCAUGGAAACCUAUGCUGCACAGCUAACCUGGGAGCAUCAGAUUACCCACUGACCAGUCAGAUCACUGAAAAAUGGAGUCAUUUUUCCAACAGGAUCCUGACCUGGAUAACAGUAGUGAGUUUACUGUAACUAUUAUUGAUUUUAAACCCUUCUUCCAGCACUGCAGCUCAGGAUAACAUGAGUUUUUAAGCUUUCUGCACUCUAAGAGACAAUAACUGCAAACUAAAAUGUUUGUCGGGACAAAACUACACACACACACACAGAGUAAAAUUUUAAUAUAACUUUUUGGUACCACACUGUAUCUCAAUCUAGUUGUUUGAUUUUUAAUUUGUAUAUUUUAUCUGGCUAAACAGCAGUGUUUGCUGCUGCUGGAUAUCACCGUUUUAUCUCAGAGAGCCAUGAAGUUGAACUGUCUUUGUGAUACAAGUCCAGUCUAGGAAGAUUUAAUUUCAACUGUUUGUAUGUUGGAUUAUACUGUGUGAACUAUAGCAGGGAUUUAUGUAAAUGUUUUUAACAUGGAUACUAGUAUAAUUAAUGUGCUUUUAUAUCAAAGUGUGAUUUUAUAAUGCAAAGUUUUUGAUACUGAACCUGUAUAAGAAUGUAUCUACUCCAAUUAAACCUCCAUCAAUGUGA